GGCCGAGCGAGAAGGCAUUCUCCCCUCCAGCUCAUCCCUCCCCUGCGCUUGACUCAUCCCUCCCCCCGUCUCUCUCCAUCGAUCCGAUCGCCUUUCCUUCGUCUGUCCAUCGAUCCAUCGAUCUGUUGAUCAAUCCACCCGCCUGUCCUUCCGCCGUCUAUCUCGCCCAUCCGCCAUGUCCGACGCCGAUCUUGUCGACAGGGAUUUCCAUCGUGAGCAUGAGGGCCUCGCCUACCACGGCCACUGGUACAACAUUCCCUGCAAGGCCAUCAUGAUUCCAAACCAAAAAGUCGUCGUCAUCAAUGGUGAAACCCCCGUCGAGCGUGCAUGUGAAGUCCUGAUCCAGAACGGCAUCAUCUCCGCGCCGGUCUGGGACGAGUCCAGGAAGCAGUUUGUUGGCAUGUUUGAUUACCGCGACAUUGUCACCUACGUUCUCCUCUCGCUCAAGCGCGAAAUCAACCCCGAUAACGAGUCGUACGAGUUCCAGGAGCUUCUCCGUCUUGCCCGAGCCCAAAAGCCCAUUCCCGCCAAACUGGCCGCUGAUCUAUCACAGAAGAACCCGUUUUUCUCCGUCAUGGGGGAAACCCCUCUCUCACAACUGGUGGAUGUCUUUGGAAAGGGUGUCCAUCGUGUUGCCGUUAUGAGCGAUGGUCUUGCAGGCAUCAUUUCACAAAGUACACUCUUGAAGUACCUGUGGAACAAUGCCAGCAAAUACGCUGAGCUCCAGCAAAUCUUCAAAAAGACACUUAAGGAGCUUGGCUUGGGCGCCAAGACUGUGAUAUCGGUUCCUGCCGACCUGUCUGUUAUCGAGGCCCUUCGAAUCAUGGUCAACAGCGAUAUUUCCUCGGUCGCCAUCCUGAACCCCCGCGGCGCUAUUGUUGCCAAUCUGUCGAUGACCGACAUCAAGUGGCUGAUGCGAGCGGAGCGUUUCCCGAUGCUCUGGGAAAGCUGCAUCAAGUUUGUCAGCUUUGUGGAUCAACAGCAGGGCAUUGCCGACGGUCGAGACAAGACCCCUGUCUUUGAUGUCACGGAAUCCUCCACACUCGAACAUACCAUUGGCAAGCUGAUCUCGACGCGCGCCCACCGGGUCUGGGUCGUCGAAAAGACCCACAACCACGUCGUCUCUGUUGUGUCUCUGACCGAUAUUCUGCGGGUCUUGACGCCACCGGAAUAAAGCACCCGUCGCAAUGAGCGAUUGCUCGUGCCUCCCUUGCCUCGCCUUUGGGGCAUCUUUGCCCAGGACGACCAGAUUGUUGCCGAGGAGGGUGCUGCGCUCGGGGCGAGCGUUGUUCGUCG